AUGCCUGGUAUCUUGCCGAUGAAAGUGAUCAAGGUCGGCGGCACCGGCACCCAAAGCCGGAUAGCCCAGGCCUGCGACCGAUGCAGGAGCAAAAAGAUCCGCUGCGAUGGCAUUCGCCCAUGCUGUACACAAUGUGCCAACGUUGGGUUCGAGUGUAAAACGAGCGACAAACUGAGCCGCCGAGCGUUCCCUCGUGGAUAUACCGAAUCCCUGGAGGAGCGUGUGCGGACUUUGGAAGGGGAGGUCAAAGAUCUGAAGGACCUGCUGGACGAGAAGGAUGAGAAGAUUGACGUUUUGUCGCGGAUACACUCUUUCUCACCCCCGCAACGAUCGGCGUCUAUGCGACCUCCCUCUAUGACCGGACCGAACAAAUCUCCGACCUCGGACUUGGGAGAGGGGUUGAUUCAUAUCGAAAAAUCCUCUGCUCAAUCUAGGCCGCAGAAGUCGUCUGGAAAUCCUUAUUCCGCCUUUUCAACCACCCAAGGCUUUGCUGAUACCUUCAACGAGAAACUUGUCGGCCAGGGGAAGUCGACAUCGAAAAUUCCCCUCCACACUUUGACGAAACUGUCCCCAUCCGUUUCUCGUGGAUCUCCCAACCAGAUCGUCAAGACGCCACCGCGCUUGGUGUCGGAUCAACUCAUCAAUAUUUUCUUCCAGGAAUGGGCGCCGCUGUACCCAGUUGUUCACCGUCCGACCAUUCUAAAGGCUUAUGGGGAAUAUUUGAACGAUUCCGACUCUUUGAAACAUGAUGUCUAUCUUAUGGCUCAGUUGAAUCUGAUUUUCGGAAUUGCAGCUCUUUCGUCAAGUUCGCGAACCAACCAAGACCCUGCUUUCUUCGAGCAGAAUUGGACUGUUUCUCUUGAUUCUUUCUCCAGCGAAACCUCCAUCGGAGGCUUGCAGUGCUUCAUUCUGGCCCAGCUUUACUGCAUGACCAAGGGCGACUAUCGGAGUAUGCUGCGGUAUCGUGCCCUUGCCGUCGAUAUCUGCCACCAGCUGGAUCUGCACCAGAUCCGGGCGGAUUCGUCCUCCAACCCUCUGGAAGGUGAAACCUACAAGAAGGUCUUUUGGUGUCAAUACACCUUGGACCGUUUCUGCUCCGCUCUUACUGGAAUGCCUGUUCUGUUGCGCGAGACUGAUAUUGAGACCGAGUAUCCUGCUGAUGUGGAUGAUGAGAAUGUCACCGAGUCUGGCUUCUUGCCAACCCUGCCCGGUGAAUCUACCCGCAUCUCGAGCGCCCUGGCACUCUUCGGCGCCUCGCGUAUCCUGAAUAAGGCUUUGGAGGACCUGUACCCUUCCAAGUCUGGAUACGACGUUUGCGUCUCCAAGUUGCGCUCGGCCGCAGGACAGCUUGAGGAGUGGCUUCACGCGCUACCUCCCCAUCUUCGCCUAGAGUUCAGCCAGGACAAGCCUAGCACUAACGUCACGAGCAGUCGGUCACCUCUCCUAUCUCUCGUUUACUACUUCAUUCGAUCUUUGAUUCACCGCCCGGCCGUGUGCUUCGCCGAAGAGCAUCUUCGCUCUCCGUCGGUCUUGGCAAUGUCUGAUUCUGCGAAGCACAUCGUUCAAAUCCUCCAGCUGCUGGACGAACGUCGGCUUUGCCUUUCUGUCAGUAUCAAUCGGAAAGAGCUGAUGCUCUUCUCCGGCCUUGGCCUAUUGUGGCAGACCAUGGGCUUGAAGCGUGACAGCAAGUUGGCAAAAGAGAGUCAGAAGCUACUCGUUGCUAUUCUUGAGCAGCUUGAACUCGAAUCAUCCGAUGCAGCUGCUGAGUUCAGUACACUUGCCAGCACUUUGGUGUCUCUGGACAUUUGCGAUCAUGGGACUGUGCCCACCGCCAAGCAGUCGCACGAGAUGGAGGCGCCAACCCACAAGCCUUUCAGGUCUCCGAAGAAGCAGCUGCUGUCCCUCAAGUCUGGCAUGACCAACAGCAUCAGCAAGGAUCAACUCGGCAUGCAGGCCCCAUCUUCGCGCCGAAAUACCGUCUCUGGCUCUAGUCCGCUUAAUUCUCAGUCUAUUCGGUCUCCAAGUUGGCCAAGUAUCUCUCCAUCUCAGCAUGACCCUCUCUCUGCUGCCCAAUACCCUGCAGAUAGAGGACACUCUUCUUUGGAUCUUGGCUCGGAUUCACGACCUGUGUCUUCGACCAUUGGGUAUGACCACCCUCGAGCCCUGUCAUGCUCCACUCCUUCUGACGCCACUGCUGGAGCCAUCACCAUGGCUGAUUGGGAGUACGUCCUAAGCGAUAUGGACCGAGGAUAUUCCAACAUCUUCAACGGCAUCUAUGGCGGCAGUGAAUGCGGCGAUGAUCCUGGUCCAUUCGCCUCGAUCACAGCCGAGUACAACCGCAAACCCAAUGACGCCACGCUCAACAAUCCCGCACCCCUGUCAAAUGACCUACAUGGUUUGUCCCCUGAAGCUUGGUCAGCGAGCAGUGGUGAUUACCCCCCAAACCAUGAACAUACCACGCAAAGCGCACUGAGCUACUCUGGCGAGAGCAUGGGUAGCGCCGAAGACAACUUCGCCUCCCUUGCAGGUUCCUCGGUGCGUCCCGACGACAUCGCUCUUCUUGGCCCGUUCCAGGGGCUCCCAAUGCCAGGCAAGGGGGGAGAUUGA